AUGGCCGCGCACCCCGUCCUCGACCUCGACACAACACUCGCCUCGCUCCCACCUCCCGUCACGCAAGACAUCCGCGCCCAGGUGCAAGCCCAGCUGCGCGCGCCCUCGUCGCAGGUCCCCCUCCUCGUCGCCCUCGAUGACGACCCGACAGGCACCCAGACCUGCCACGACGUCAACGUCCUCACCGUCUGGGAUGUGCCGACGCUGACGGCCGAGUUCAGCCUGACACGGCGCGGCAGUGGCUUCUUCGUGCUCACAAACUCGCGCGCCCUGCACCCGGCCCCGGCCCGCGCCCUCCUCGUCGAGAUCUGCACCAACCUGCGGGCCGCCUCGUCCGCGACCGGCCUUCCCUUUGAGAUUGUGCUGCGCGGCGACUCGACGCUGCGCGGCCAUUUCCCGCUCGAAGCCGAGGCCGCCACCGCCGCCCUCGGCCCCUUUGACGCCUGGCUGCUGUGCCCCUUCUUCCUCCAGGGCGGCCGCUACACCGUGGACAACGUGCACUACGUCGCCGAGGGGGGGCGCCUCGUGCCCGCCGCCCAGACGCCGUUUGCCGCCGACGCCACCUUUGGCUACGCGAGCUCGACCUGCGCGACUACGCCGGCCACAGGCCGCGACGCUUUCUCUACCGCACGGGCGCCGCGUUCGUGUCGGCGCGGCUCGGCAUCAAGCCCAUCGCGCCCAUCACGGCGGCGCAGCUCCAGCUGGGCGACUCGGACGCCGCGUCUUCGUCGUCUGUCGCCGCCGGCGGGCGGCCUCAUCAUGGCCGGGUCCUACGUGCCCAAGACGACGAAGCAGCUCGAACACCUCCAGCGCGACGCCGGGCGCCGCGCUCACGACCGUCCAGGUCGACGUUGCGGCGCUGCUCGCGUCGGCGGCGUCGCGGUGUCAGGAGAACGGCGCGCGUCGUGGCGGCGGCCCGAGGCGUCGGUCGCGGGCGGGCGUGACACGCUCGUCAUGACGUCGCGGGGGCUGGUCGUCGGCGCCGACGAGGCCGCGAGCCUCGACAUUGGGGCCGUCGUCGCUUCGGCGCUCGUCGACGUGCUGCGCGGGCUCGCGACGCGGCCGCGGUACGUCGUGGCCAAGGGGGGCAUUACGAGCUCGGACAUGGCGGGCAGGGGGCUCGGCAUGCGGCGGGCGCGCGUCGUCGGGCAGGCGGCGGCCGGGGUGCCGCUGUGGCGGUGUGUCGAAGGCGGCGGCAAGUGGCCGGGCGUGCCGUUUGUCGUGUUUCCGGGCAACGUUGGCGGUGACGAGACGCUGGCGGAGGUGGUCAGGGGGUGGAGGGCGUAG